AUGCUCGGAACAGCACUGCUCGGCGCGGUCGCUGCCUCCGCGGCCGUCGGCAGCAACGCGCUUAUCAUCAACCGGCAAGAUAGCGUCCAAUCUAUCCUCAUCACCUCCCAGGCGCCCGCGGCGGGAUCGGACGAGUGUCUCAAGUCGAGCUACUAUGGGGCGUACGGCUCGACUGCGGCGCAGAGGGAGUUUAUCUACCUUCCUUCGGCGGAAUGCCUGGGUAGCGCGCACGCGCUGGACGCGUUGAGCGAGGGCUCGCUCGUAUCUCUUGACAAGGCGGAGAUUGGGGAGGGGAGGGUGGUAUGGGUCGGUCAAGCUGGAGUCGCACCGGAACUCCUCGCUACGGACGGCGAGGCCGGGAGCAUGGCCAACUGGUUCUCGUCCAUUUCGGUCAAAGCGGCCGAGACGACACUCAUCAAACGCCAAUCGGAGCCGCACCAAUCGCACUUUACAGCCUCGUCCCCCAAGACGCUAAGGAUGCUACAUGCCAGCGCGCACUCCCUCCUCCUCAGCGUACCUGCCGAGUACGUGCCCAUCCUCGACACCCUGCUGCCCAGGCACCUCGUCCCGGUCGCUCUCCCCCAGAAGCCCUACGCCGCCUCGGCCGGAGACAGCGCAUGGGAGCCAGUGCCAAAGCACCUUGCCGAGCACCUGGCCAACAUCACUUCGGGGCUCAAGUUUGAUUCGGCGCUGGACAAGGCGCUCAACGAAGGGCUGGACGCAGAUCAGCUCAGGAGGGAUAUCAGGUGGUUGACCGGGGAGGGUCCGAGCGGGAUCGAGAGCAGGCACAGCUUCACUGAGGGCGCUCUCAAGGCCGCCAAGUAUAUCAAGGGCAAGUCUAUCACUCAUCUCAUGGUCCCAUCACUGCUGACCCUUUCAGAGAUCGGGGAAGAGUCAGGUGCGACGUGCAAAUACGAUCACUUCCUGGACGGAUUCGCCCCAAACGUACUCUGCACCUACCCAUCCACGCACAAUUCGACCGACAACGUCAUUCUGUCGGCGCACUACGACUCGCGCGGCUCGUUCGGCCUCACAAGGGCGCCAGGUGGAGACGAUGAUGGGUCUGGAAGUGGGCACCUUUUGCAGAUUGCCCGAGCGUUCGGAAAGAUGGGGGUCAAGUUUGACAAGAAGGUCACGCUGGCUUGGCACGCUGGGGAGGAGCAGGGCUUGUACGGGAGUCACUACUUUGCGGAACGGCUGAAGAAGGAAAAUGCGACUGUCCUCCUUCAGAUCCAAGCAGACAUGCUGGGCUAUCACGUACCGGGAGAACCCCUCCAGCUCGGUCUGCCCGAGAGCAUCGAGACACCCGAGGCCUCCGCCCUUCUGCACAAACUCUCCCAGCUGUACUCGCCCGAGCUGGUCCUCGGUACCACCCCCGCUUGCUGUUCGGACCACCAAUCCUUCCUCUCCUUCGGUUUCCCCGCUACUGCCGUCUUUGAGCGGAACGGCGGUAUCGCGGACCCAAUGUAUCACAACUCGGGCGACACGAGCCAGCGCGAGGGGUAUGAUCUGAGCCAGAUUAUCAGUAUUGCAAAGGUCACCAUGGCGGCGGUGAUGACUGUCGCUGGGUGGAAGCUAUAG